GCGCGCCCGAGGGUCGGGACGUCCGAAGGCACGUGGGCCGCCUGAGUGGAGCGGCACAGCCGGCAAGGAGGUUGUGGGCCCGGCGCGCCUGGCGGCUCUCCUCCUGCACCUGCGAGGAGAAAGGAGAGCUCUUCAGAAAGGCACCAGCGGUCUGGACGGAGUAGGCAAGGUUUUGCUCUUACUGGAAGCUGAAGGUCUUUUGGUUGAAGGAAUAUUUAGAUCUAUUCGUUGUGAGGUUUUAUAACAUUCCUGAAGACAAUGACUUAAUCAUGACUCUCUUCCAAUGGUAUAAUGCAUCUGUAAUGUUUUGUCCUAGUGGCAAAUCUGUUCCAAGAGUGCUGUAAACUGGAGCUGUAUACAAAACUAUCAGCACAAUGCUGCCACGAUCAACCAAAAUGCAGAAGCCGUUUCAGCUGGCAUUUAGGACCUGUUUGCUUUCCUAUCGCUCCUGUAUCUUUCCAUGCAUCAAAGGGAAAACAUCCUUACAUCCAAUAAGGCAGAAAACAAUGUCCCGGGUGCUGAGCUGCCAAAGUCAAUAUCUGCAUAUGUCUGCUCCUUUUUGGGUUUCCAAAGAAGGGGACUUGGUGGGCAAGACAUCUUCCCGACCUGAAGACCCUCAAAAUAAAGAACCGAAGGGAGAAAACUUUACCACGUCGGCUGGUAAUUUUGCCAGGGGAACACCUGUGCAGCCCAAUUCUGAGGAACUUGACCCUUUACAAGAUAAAUCCAUUAGUCUUGUACAAAGAUUCAAGAAAACUUUUAAACAGUAUGGCAAAGUUCUGAUUCCCGUGCAUCUUUUGACCUCCAGCAUAUGGUUUGGAAUUUUUUACUAUGCAGCUUUAAAGGGAGUAAAUGUCGUUCCAUUUCUUGAAUUCAUAGGGUUGCCUGAAAGUAUUGUAAACAUCCUAAAGCAUUCUCAAAGUGGAAAUGCAUUAACUGCCUAUGCGUUGUAUAAGAUUGCAACUCCAGCCAGAUACACAGUGACAUUAGGAGGAACGUCCAUUACUGUGAAGUAUCUUCGCAAGCAUGAAUAUAUGUCCACACCACCUCCCGUGAAGGAAUAUAUUCAAGACCGAAUGGAAGAAACAAAAGAACGGAUCUCAGGGAAAAUGGAGGAAACAAGAGACAUGAUUAGUGGCAAAAUGGAAGAAACAAAAGAAAAAUUAACUGAGAAAAUGGAAGAAACAAAAGAGAGGAUAACUGAAAAGAUACAAGAAACCAAAGACAAAGUUUCAUUUAUAAAGAAGAAAGAAUAGAAAAGUUAGAGUGACAGGUGAUAUUUUUAAUCCUUUAGAAUGUCUGAAAUGUAUGUUCUUGCUACUGUUCAUCUAUUUUCUUACAGGCUAACUAGACAUUUAAAAGCUAAAAAGAUAAUGCUUAAGACUUGCACUGGCCUUAAUAGAAUUUAUCCAACAUUUUCCAAUGCACGAUAUAGUAAAUGCAACAGUUUUCUCCACAACUCAGUUCCUAGAGAAUAUUCUGUGGCCGUCCCAUCAGUGACUUGAAUGAAUCUCUGCACGUUUGAUCAAGCUAAUAUUCUUACUUGGCAUCACUCACGUUGUUGUAAAAUAAAGUAUUAAAAUGGCUUCAUCAUAUAAACAAUGUCUUGAAUAUUAAAAAAUGUGUUAAUAUUUGUAUAUUAAUUAAUCUUACUAUCUUUAGAAAGACAAGCAAUUAGAAAGCUAUGUUAUGUUCCAUAUUACUUUUAUAAAAACUUGAGUUAAAUUGAUGUGUGAGGCCCAAUGAAAUGGUACUAGAUGUAAUUGCAUAUUUAUAUUGCAAAAUGGAUUUUGAUUCUUAUGGCUAAAAUAAGUAUUACAUUUCAUAUUACUGAUAAAGCUUUAAAAAGAAAGGAGAUAAAUCUAUCUUUGCUCAUGGAAUAAAUAUUUACAUCUCUUUAGCCAAGUGGGAAAAAAGAAACACUGUAACAAUUUUUUUGUAGAAAAUCUUCCAAUAUUGUUAUUAGAGGCUAAACACAACAUUAUUGUACUAUUGAAUAUUAUAGGAUCAUCUCAGGUGGGGGUUUGGAUUUUUGGGGGAAGACGGCUAAGAUCAAGAGGCUAAGAUCAUUUCCAUGUAUUAUUUUUGUGAUCACAGCUCUGAGUAUUGGCAUUCCAGGUGUUUCUCCUGUAAUGAGAAGAGGUCAUGGACAGGUAACUGAAUAAGCACAGAUCUACAAACGUGCCAACUUUAAGACUCGUGAACUUCAACUCUCAGUAUUCUCCUUCUGCCUGGGGAAUUCUUGGAGUUGAAAUCCACAAGUCUUAACUUUGCAAAGUUUGGAGACCCCUGGUAUAAGGGAUGAAAAGAUCAGCAUGAGAAGAACUUUAGAAAUGAAGAUUUGAAGGAAUGCUUUCAAAGUGCUUUACAUUAAUGUAAGUCAAACACUUUGUUGGUUUAUAAUUCAACUACUUGGGGACUGUAUUUUUUUUUAAAAAAAAUCUGAUUUGCUUCUUUCAUUUUUGUUAAAUUAAAACAAAGUAUCUGAUAUUAAUUAGUCUUAGAAGCUCUUUAUCCAGGAAGCAAUAAAAAAGAGAUUAUUGAGGUGAUGGAGACCCAGAAGACAACUAGGAGCCAGUUACCAUAAUCAACAUUGCCUAUCUAUAAAGCAGGAAUUGUUUAGAAGUUGUACUUUUUAAUUGGUAAAGUUUGAUAAUAUUGUAAAAACACUAUACUACUAAAUAAUACUUAUGUAAAAGUAAAAAAAAAUGGUUUUGAGAAUUGGUUAUGAGGUUAUAUACUCUUAUGAUAGCAUUGCUGAGCACUCUUGUCUUCCAUUAAGUCAAUUUUGUGUGAACCAUGAAAUAAAACCUUGCUAUAUUUACACAAUAGUUCUCCUAAUGGGAGAAAUACUACAGUUAUUUUUAAGCACAAUUUUACUCCUGUAAAAUAAUUGUUUCGGAUGCUUAAUAUGCAUGUAAGUUUAAAAAAUGUACAGUAUGCUUUCUUGUAAACUUAAUGAAUGUUGUAAUCAGCAAUCUUCUUACUGCCAGUUGCCAUCCUAGCAUUGUGAGAACAUAUUCACAAAAGCUUAUCUUUUCUGAUCUAUCUAAUAGUUGCUUGAUAAAAGUCGGAUAUUAGCCAAUAUACAGUACAUCCAUGAUUUGCCUCUAUAAGCAGUGGUAUGUAAAAUAGAUUGCUACUCAUUUAUUAAAGGUAACUUACCAUCUUUGUGAUUUGCAAGCUUCAGCUAUAUCACUUUUAAUAGAUUCAGAGAAUCUACUACAUUCUAGACCUGCAGAGAGAGGAAUGCUAACUUGAAGCUUACAAUUAAAUGAUUUGGCAACUAGUAAACACCAUCAAAAGAAAAGAGCACAAAACAGAUAAAAAAUAUAUACUUUCCCUACAAGGUCAUUUUGGAGAAGCUGAUUUGGAUUUAAACAUAUUCCAUUUUUGUAGAAGUGGCAUUUUGAAACUUUUUCAUCUAUAAUUCCAUGGAUAUUAAAUUCCUAAAAUUAACAGACAUGAUCAAAUUACACAACAGGAAAUAGUAUAGGAAAAAGUGAAUAAAAUGUUUCUUGUA